GCUAUAUUUCAAGAUGUCAGCGCCCAUUAAAAUGCUUCGUAGUUGAUGAUUUGAGUUUUAUGUUUACUACAUCAGCUAGUGUAUCAUGAAGCAGUAUUGAGACAAACAUUUAAUUAAAAUGUUUAAGCUAAUCAACGGGUACUCCAAAAAUUGGGAGAAUGCAUCCGUAAUUAUUCCAUGUGUAUCUGUUGGAAAUGUUGGUCAGUUAGCAGUAGAUUUGAUUAUAUCUACUUUAGAUCUACAGAAAGUAGGCUAUAUUUAUCACAGUGCUAUAUUACCUAUAGUUGGUAAUGAUCCUUAUCAUAAACUUCCCAGUAAUCAGUGCAGUUUAACGACUGGGUGUGAAGUUUUUUUAAAUAAAUCAUCAACAGUUGUUGUAGUGCAACAAAGGGCACCCAUUGUAAAGGGUAAAAAAGAAAUAUUCUCUACCUGGCUGUCAGACUGGAUAAAAGAGAGUAAAUUUAAACAAGUUAUUAUUUUAACCAGCAGUUUUUCACAUGAAAGAAUUGAUCAACAGAUUUAUGGACCUCAGUUACGUAUUGUUAUGUCAUCAUCAAUGGAAGAACAAAAUAGUGAAAAGUUUUUACAUAAAUUAAAAUGGUUGCCAUUAGAGAAGCGAUCCUGUGCGUCUCCAUAUGAAAUGGAGAAUUCUGAUUCAAAGAAAGAUAUGAUAUAUUUACCAGGAAGUGGAAUAGCUAAACAUAUAUUAAACAAAUGUAAAGAGUUACCAGUUUUAAUAAUGUCUUUGUUUUGUGCUGAAGGUGAUAAUAUACCAGAAGCUGUUUCAUUAUCAAAUCAUCUCAACACUUGGCUUCAAUUAGUUGACCCUCAGGUGGAUAAAUCUGGUUCACCGUUACCGUGUGCUUGGAAAAUACCUGAAUCGUGGAAACUUAUUUAUGGAAGUGGAUUCGAUCAGACUUUAUUUCAUUAACAAUUUGUGAUAAAGGAUUUUAUAUAAAAAGUUGAUGGCUCAUUACAUAUAAUAUUUUUUAUUAUAUUAAAAUCAUAUAAAGACAAAGAAACUUUAGAGAUUUAUCCAUUUCUGAUCAUAUUUUGUUCCAAUUCAUUUGUAACUGAAACAUUACAAUAAACUCAUUUCUAAAGGUA